AGCACGCACGGUCAGAGAGGGCGGGGGAGGAGUAGGGAGGUUGGAGACGCCCCGCCCAGGCAGCAAGGUUGCGCGUGCACCGUGCGACCGCCAAGAUGGUGGUGGGCGCGUUCCCUAUGGCGAAGCUGCUAUACCUGGGCAUCCGACAGGUCAGCAAGCCGCUUGCCAACCGCAUUAAGGCGGCUGCCCGCCGAAGCGAGUUCUUCAAGACCUAUAUCUGCCUUCCGCCGGCACAGCUGUACCACUGGGUGGAGAUGCGGACCAAGAUGCGCAUCAUGGGCUUCCGGGGCACGGUCAUCAAGCCUCUCAACGAGGAGGCGGCCGCUGAGCUGGGCGCGGAGCUGCUGGGCGAAGCCACCAUCUUCAUCGUGGGCGGAGGCUGCCUGGUGCUGGAGUACUGGCGCCACCAGUCGCAGCAGCGUUACAAAGAGGAGGAGCAGCGCGCCGCCUGGAACGCGCUGCAGGACGAGGUGGGCCAGCUGGCGCUGGCACUGGAGACGCUGCAGGCGCAGGUGCAGAGGGCGUCACCGCAGGGCGCCCUGGAGGAGCUGCGUGCAGAGCUGCAGGAAGUGCGCGCCCAGCUCUGCACCCCUGACCAACCACCGGCGCACCAGGCAGCAUCCUCCUCCAAGAAGUAGGCGGUGCAGAGGCCUGGACUUGGAUGUGGCACCAUGCGCCCCCCACUUGGCCUCCUCCCUGACCUCACUGGCCCGGAGGAACCAAGAUCUGGAUGGGACUUGGCAUUCAGUCACUUACAAGCAGGACCAGGGUACCUUCCUCUGGGACAAGUCGAGCAGGGGAUGUGCCUGAUAGCCCCCACCAACACGUGACUCCUCUGCACCCCCACAGCACUCACCUGCUACCCAAAUCCCAAGACCUGCAAGGCCACGGCCAGCAGGACUGCCCUAUUGUCCCCUCGUCAUCUUGUUACCCUGCCUCUUCCCAUGGCUCUGCCAUCAGAAUAAUGUCCCCUCUGUCUGCUGGUUCUGUGGAAUCCCUCUGUGGGUUCUUGGGUGGUGCCAGCUGGGCAUCAUCUCCCUGUUAGAGGGGAGAAGGGGGGAUCCUGGCCUACAUUGACUGCCCAUAUCGUGUUCUCAUCCCCCUUUGCUUGGGAUAUUCCAGCAGGACCCCCUCAUCCCUCAUCCAGGGGCAUAGUCCACUAGCUGGCUCUGCACGGUCUUCUGGUGUCCCGUGUCCCUCACUGUCUCCCAUGGAGGGAGAUUGAUCCCUGCUGGGACUCAUCCAACCCACCUUUCAGCCUUGGCCUGUCCCCUGACCUCAGAGGCCUUGUGCCACCCUCUUCCACCUUGCCCACCCUCUUACAGUGGCAUCUCCUGGCUGAUGGCCUGUGUGUUAGAUCAUCACCUGUCACCUUCUGGGCACAUGCUUCCGUCGAUGCACUCUGGCCCUGGACUGUCCCCUCCUGCAGCGGGACCCUCCUGUCUCUGGAGGCCCAGGUCUCCCCCGUGUUUCAUUUCCACACACUGCCAUGACCUUACUCCCAGUGUGGUGGCUUAGAAGAACAGGAGUUCUUGCAGCCUUGGAAAUCAAAAAUUUAAAUCGAGGCAUCAGCAGGGCCACACUCCCUUCCACUUCUGGUGAUUCCUCACCUUCUUGGCUCUGGCCCCGUGUCCAUGUGGCCUUCUCCUCUUCUGUCUCUCACCAACAAGCUGCCACAGGAGUUUAGGGCCUAUGCUAAAUCAGGGUACCCUUACCUCAAGAUCCCUGAUGACAUCAGCAGGGAGCCUUUUGCCAGACAGGGCCACAUUCACAGGUUCCAGGGGUCAGGGCGUGGACACACAUUUUUUGGGUCCACCAUUCACUCUGUCAUACUUGUGCCACAGAACAUGAGAGAGCCCCACCCAACCUCGUGGUCCCCAAGGCAUUGGAAGUGGGCUACCUGCAGCCCUUUCAGAGCAGCCCCAGUUCUCGGCAUCUGUGUGCAGGGCUUCAUCCUUGGGCCCGUUUCCAUGAGGCUGCAGGUGCAGGUGGCAGGCGGGACCUUCCUUCCUCCCCUAACUGCCUGGGGACUAAACACCACGACACAAGAGUCACCAAAUAGAAAAAUCGAGAAGCUGGACUUCCUAGGGGGCAUCUUUACUUCUAGAAGAUGGGGAGAGGCUGGUGUAGGGGGACCAAGCGGGGCCCACAGUGGGGUGUCCUUAAAAUUAGGAGUGACUCAAGUGGGGGAAGGCAAGGGACAGGUACCACCACAUGAAGGGGUGAUGGAUAGCCAGGGAGAGGCUCAGUACCUGGUUUCCAUGGUUACUCCUGGAGAGACGGUCCACCCUGGCACUGACAUUUCUCAUGACUAUGUAGCAGUGAGUUGUCAUUGUCACCACAGGCCAGGGGUGCUGAGCUCUGGCUAGUGGUCCUGCACUGUUCUGAGGGCUUUGCAUAAUGGCCACAGCAUAAGGUCUAUGACACUGGUGAGGAAACUGAGGCAGAGAGGGGCAGUCACUGUCCCAGGUUACCCAGGUAGGGAAGAGGUAGGGUGGCAGCAUUCUAAACCCCAGAUCAUGUGUCAGCGCAGUGGGGUGCUGCUGUCAUCCCUGAAAGCAGAUAUGUGCUAAUGGCAGGUGACCAGUCCUCCUGGGGUGGUGCUGGGGUGGCAGUGGGUGCGUGCAGAAGCCAGAGAGAGCUUCGAGGUUUGGCUUCCUGCUCGAUAACUUUGUACAUUUCAUGAUAUGGCAAGAGGAGUAAAAAUAAAUCGAUAGUAAAUCUGGGUGUCUUCAAGUUUAUGCAUUCUUUACUCAUAUUUCAGAGGUCACUGAAGCUCAGAAGAAAUGUCUCAUGUGAGUCCGUCAUUUGAGAAAUUUCACUGAGUCAUUUGCUGUGUAGAUAGAGCCUGUUCUGUACCGGGCUGGGAUCUCAGAGGUGACUGAGACAGCCCGGCCCCAUCCUCCUGGGACUCACAUCCCGUUGAUGGGACAGGUGCACACAGACAUUUCUCUGUCACUUCCUAUGGUUAGGAAGAAGUGGGGUAAAUGCGGAUUUCUGAUCUCCUGAGUGACCCAGGGUGUGAAGAGCAGGGUGCCGCUCACAAAACCCCAAAGGGCUUUGCCCUUCCUGUCUCCUGGCCAGCUUUGUCACCUGUAUCCCUGCUGGGUGGCUCUGUGUCUGGAAUCGACCUAGAUUGGCUGAGGGCCACCCCAGUAGGAAAUGGGCUUUGAAUAACCUCCCACCUGACCCACUGGCCCAUGGGAGUGGUCAGCAGCCACCAUCAGAGGGUACAGAUGAUCGGCAAGAGUUCAGGGCCAGCCUGAACUGCAUAGGGAGACCCUGUCUCAAAAAAAAAAAAAAAAAAAAAAAAAAAAAAGUGGAAUCCCUUUUAAGUGGCUACGUAAUAAAGUAUGGGGUUUCCUGGGUAAGCGUUGCACAUAUGUGCCAGGAAUUAUGUGACACAGUAUAUAAGGACAGAGCUGUUUUCUAUAGUACAUAACAUGACCUGUUAUCACUUGUGUGUGUAUCAUUGGAAAUAAAAAUUACUAAAUCCAA